AAACCCCAACAUUACAUCACUCAGUUUUCAAGAUAAAAUUUUAUUUAUGAUUCUCAAAUUGAGUUCUCGUAAAUCAAUAAAAAAUAUGUAUAAGGAAAUUUUUAAUUUUAGCAACUUAAAUUAUUUAAGUUACUCUGAAUGUUGAAUUAUUUCUUUUGAUUAUUGCAUUUUAUGUUUAACAUAUUUUUUCUUUAUUUUACAGCAAAAUGAAACGUAUUUUGCCACUAGUCUUAUGGAUAGUGCUGUUAUUUAAUUCGGCACUAUCACAAUUUUCAAGCCGAAAAAAUCUUUUUGGCAACAGACACGAAGUAUUUUUUCUAAAUUUAGAAGAUGGAUACUUUGGAUGUCAAGUUAAUGAGUCCGUAGAGUUCCUACAAAUUUACGAACUAUCAAGGCUUUGUGAUGGCCUUCAAGAUUGUUACAUGGGCUCAGAUGAACUGAGAAAGGAGCUCAAAUGUACAAAUGACUGUGACGGGGAAGAUGGAUCGACAUGCUCAAAUGGAGUAUGUCUAGAUCACCUCUGCCAUUGUAAUGAUGGCUUUGGAGGCUGUAACUGUCAGGUUGCAGACGAAAACGAAUGUAAAUAUAGACCAUGCGAUGUUUUCGCACAUUGCACAAAUACCUUAGGUAGCUUUACAUGUACCUGUUUUCCGGGAUAUGUUGGAGACGGACUUCAUUGCGAAGAUAUCGAUGAAUGUCAAGAUCCUUCCAUAGCUGCUCGAUGUGUUGAAAAUGCGGAAUGUUGUAAUCUGCCAGCAAAUUUCGCAUGCAAAUGUAAACCAGGAUUUGAAGGCGAUGGUGAAGAACGUUGUACUGAUAUUGAUGAAUGUGCACGACCUGGAGCAUGUGGCAUUAAUUCAGAUUGUCAUAAUCUGCCUGGAAACUAUACAUGUUCAUGUAGGGAAGGCUUUGAAGGUAAUCCAUAUGAUGGAUGUGUUGAUAUUGACGAAUGCACAUAUCCAAACGCUUGUGGACCGGGUGCUAUCUGUACAAACCUCGAGGGUGGUCAUCGCUGCGAUUGCCCAGAAGGUUUUGAUGGAGACGCCCGAUCUGAAGGUUGUGUUGAUUACAAUGAGUGCGCAAGAUCACCUUGUGGACGUAAUGCACACUGUGCAAAUGAAGUUGGAACAUUCAGAUGCUUUUGCCCUGAAGGAUUUGUAGGUGAUGCGAUGACGGAAUGUGCAGAUAUUGACGAAUGUGUCACCAAUCCUUGCUCGAAAGGAGCAAUUUGUGUAAAUACACCUGGAAGCCACAAUUGCAGCUGUCCCAUAGGAUUUAGUGCCUUAACUACUGAUGGCGAAUGCCUCGACAUUAAUGAAUGUUCUAACAAUAAUGCUUGCGCCACUAAUGCUAAAUGUAUAAAUGUUCCUGGAUCAUUCAAGUGUCUAUGUCCAAAAGGAUACACGGGACAAGGAGAUGUAUCUUGCAACAAUGUCAACGAAUGUCUCAAUAAUCCCUGUGGAGAGAAUGCGAUUUGCACCGAUACACUUGGAAGUUUUAUUUGUUCAUGUAUCCCUGAUUUUACUGGAGAUCCUUUCCGAGGUUGUGUGGACAUUGAUGAAUGCACAGCUUUGGAAAAACCAUGCGGAAAUCAUGCAGUAUGUGAAAAUACAUCGCCAGGAUACAACUGCAUUUGUCCCCAAGGAUAUCGUGCAAAACCAGAUGCUAAAAUUGCUUGCGAACAAGCUGACGUUAAUAUUUUAUGUCACAGCAAUUUUGAUUGUACAAAUAAUGCUGAGUGUAUCGAAGACAUUUCAAAAGGUUGUGUUGAUAUCAACGAAUGUGACCCAUCCCAUGGUGCCUCAGGUUUAUGUGGAAUCAAUGCUCUCUGCUCCAAUCACGAUGGUGGAUUUGAAUGUUCCUGCCCACCAGGAUUUUCCGGAGAUCCUAAAAUCCAAUGCUUUGAUAUCAAUGAAUGCACUCGUCGUGAUGCUUGCGGCGAGAAUGCUAUUUGUCAAAACUCACAAGGAUCAUUUACUUGUGUCUGCCCAGAAGGAACUAUCGCUGAUCCAGAUCCUUCAGUAAGAUGCAUCGCAGUUGUCACAUGUCAAAGUAAUGAUGACUGUCCCGGAAAUGCUAUCUGCGAUCUUUAUAAACGCUGCUUAUGCCCCGAACCUAAUGUAGGAAAUGACUGUCGUCAUCCAUGUGAACUUUUGAACUGUGGUCCAAACUCUGAAUGUCGAUUGGACAAGGGAUUAGCUAAAUGCUUCUGUACGAGUGGAUUUACCGAUUUAACAGGUACUUGUGUCGAUAUUAACGAAUGUCUUAACCAACCAUGUGGACCUGGAGCAAUCUGUAACAAUAUGCCAGGAAGAUUCACAUGCCAGUGCCCUAGUGGCAGUUCUGGCGAUGCUUAUACUAAAGGAUGUAACGAAAUUAAAAAACUAGUGCAUUGUAACGAUAAAAACCCCUGUCCACUCGGUGAAAAAUGUGUAACAAAUGCCGGAGGUUCUAACGUUUGUGUGUGUGGUCAAGGCUACACACGCGAUUCCGUUUCACAGAACUGUCGUGAUAUUGAUGAGUGUAAUGAAAAUGACAAGCCAGCUUGCGGUGUCAAUGCAAUUUGUAAAAAUCUUCCGGGAAGCUACGAAUGUGCUUGCCCUGUCGGGUUUAAUGGCAAUCCAUUCCAUUUUUGUGAUGAAUGUAAUAGUCCCGAAUGUCAAUGUCAAGCUCCUUAUCAGUUAGUUGGCGGUAAUUGCAUAUUGGCCGGAUGUUUGAACGGAAAUAAAUGUCCCAAUGGAGCAGAAUGUAUUUCAAUUACUGGCGGCGUAAGCUAUUGUGCUUGUCCAAAAGGUUUUCGCACUCAAGCCGACGGUUCUUGUGUUGAUAUUGAUGAAUGUUCUGAAAAUCCCCGCGCUUGCGGAUAUGAUGCGAUUUGUACUAACACUGAAGGUAGUCAUAAAUGUGAAUGUCCAGCUGGUUACAAUGGUGAUCCAUUUUAUGGAUUAUGUUCGCCAGCUCAACGUCGUUGUGCAUCUGACAAAGAAUGUGGAUCUAACGAAAAGUGUGUUCAACCUGGCGAAUGCGUUUGCCCACCUCCUUUCUUUGUCGAUGCUGGUAAUCUCUGUAGGAAUCCUUGUGAAAGAUUUCCCUGUGGUAUUAAUGCAAAAUGUAGUCCAACAGAUCCACCGCAAUGUAUGUGUGAAGCAGGAUUCAAAGGUGAUCCUUUACAAGGAUGCAUCAGCACUGAUGAGUGUGCUAAUGCUCCCUGUGCAUACGGAGCGCAAUGCGUUAAUCAGAAAGGUGGAUACAAAUGUAUCUGUCCAAACGGAAUGUCAGGAGACCCAUACAAAAGCGGCUGUGUUUAUGUCGAUCCAGUUCUUGGAAAAUCAGAAUGUACAACAAAUGCUGACUGUGCUUCAAAUCUUCAUUGUCGUGAUCAAACCUGUGUAAGCCCUUGCUCUGAUCUUCUUUGUGGAUCAAACGCUUUUUGUGAACCUGAAAAUCAUGCUGGUUGGUGUCGCUGUCGCGUUGGGUUUUCUGAAAGUCCAAAUGGAGAUUGUGUUUCCCAAUGCGAAGGAUUCUUAUGUGGACAAGGGGCUAUGUGCAUCGUGACAUCUGAUGGCCCAACCUGCAAAUGUCCAACUGGCCAACUCGGAAAUCCUUUCCCUGGAGGCUCAUGUUUAACAGAUCAAUGUUCUUCUCAGCGUCCUUGUCAAUCACCUCAAGUUUGCAUCAAUGGUCGAUGUAAACACAAAUGUGAUGGAGUCGUUUGUGGAGUUGGUGCAGCUUGCGAUAUUAGUACAGGUCGUUGUGUUUGUGAACCGUUCUUCAUAGGAAAUCCAGAUUAUAUCUGCAUGCCACCUGUUUCAAAACCAAAUUGUAAUCCAAAAUGUGGAGCUAAUGCUCAUUGUGAAUAUGGAAUAAUGGGAAGUUUAUGUGUUUGUGAUCUUGGAAGUUAUGGAAAUCCCUACGAAGGUUGUGGUCAAAAGCAACGUACUAAAUGUACCAAAACAACUUGUGGAAAUAAUGCUGAAUGUCGUGAGGGCGCUACCAGCAUUGAAUGUUUGUGUCACUCAGGAUUUAAUGGUAAUCCUUAUGUUGGUUGUGUUGAUAUCGACGAAUGCUCGACUCAAAUUUGUGGAGAAAAUGCAGUUUGCAUAAAUACUCCUGGAAGUUACGACUGCAGGUGUAAACAAAAAUACGCUGGAAAUCCAUUUGAAAUGUGUUCCAUAAUGGAAAAAGGUCUUUGCGAUGAUCCAAGUAAUUGUAAAUGUAGCAAAGAAGUAGUCUGUCCAUCUGGAUUUAAUUGUGAAAGAGGAAAGUGCAAAGACUUGUGUGAAAAAGUAAAAUGUGGACCAAAAGCCGCUUGUAUCUCUGGUGAGUGUGUUUGCCCAUCAGGAUACAGAGGAAAUGCCAAUGACUUAACAAACGGAUGCUCUGUGAUUGGACAAUGCGGAACUGACUUGGAUUGUCAAAACUCAGAAAUAUGUUUGAAAAACGGAAGAGGGCUUAGAAAAUGUGUUGAUGGUUGUGGUAAGAUUCAAUGCGGACCCAACUCUCUUUGUGUGACAAAUGAACAUCGAUCGACAUGUAUUUGUAUGGAAGGAUUUAAGGGAAAUCCAAUUGACUUAAAUAGAGGUUGUUAUCAAGAACAAAAAAUUAUUUUACCUGAAGGAUGCAACGCUGUUGCAUGUGGUAAAAAUGAAAUUUGUAAAGUAGAGAGCCAAGGUCCAGUUUGUCAUUGUCAAGAUGGUUACUCGUGGAAUCCAGUGUCUUCUUAUUGUGAGAAACCUUCAGUUCCAGAAUGUUCCAAUAAUGACGAAUGUCAUCAAGUUGAUGCCUGUCGUCAAGACGUUCUUGGAGUAUUGAAAUGUUUACCAGUUUGUGCAGAAUUUAAUUGUCCACCAUAUUCAUCAUGCGUAGCAAAUAAUCACGAGGGAAAUUGUCAAUGUCUUCCAGGUUAUACCGGAAAUCCUAACGAUCGAAAUGGCUGGCGAAUUGAAAGACGCAAUGAGUGUUCGAUAAAUGCAGAAUGUCCAGAAUCGGAAAUGUGUGUCAAACAUCAAGGAAUAUUUAAAUGUGUCCCAGCUUGUGAAAGCAUACGAUGUGGCCCACUUGCUAUAUGUGUCACUAAUAAUCAUAUAGCUCAGUGCAAAUGUCCACCAGGUUCUUAUGCAGGUGAUCCAAAUGAUCAAGAAAAAGGUUGCCAACAAGUUCCUUGUGUUUACAAUACUGAUUGCCCAUCAUCACAAUAUUGUAAUCGUUUAGAACACAAAUGUUACGAUGCCUGUAGCACUGACACAUGUGGUGAAAAUGCAGUUUGUAUCGCUGAAAAUCAUAAAACAAAUUGUCAAUGUCCAGUGGGAUUCAAACCAAAUCCAAUUGCUGACGUUGAAUGCGCACCAAUUGAAACUUGUAAUGCUAAUGUUUGCCAUCCUUCAGCUAUUUGUGAAGCAACAAAUAGUGGUCCUGUUUGUAAAUGUCCACCAAAUUACAUCGGUGAUCCCUACAGAGCAGGUUGUCGAAUGCAAGUUGAAGGCGAUUGUCCUCGAGGAAACAAAGAUUGUCCGACAGAUUCUGUUUGUAAAAAUGGAAAAUGUGUCAAUCCUUGUGAAAAUAAUUGUGGGGCAAAUGCAUUAUGUAAAAUUAUUAAUAGAAAACCUGUAUGUUCAUGCCCUGAACGAUUUGCACCCCUAACUGGAAACGCAAAAGACGGUUGUGUACGAGAGCUUUCAGGAUGUACUUCUGAUAUUGAAUGUGAUGGUGGCAUCUGUAAAAAUAAUCAAUGCAGUUUUGUUUGCCGAAAAUCUUCAGAUUGUUCAACUGGUGAAAAAUGUAUUGGUAACGCUUGUGUUUUACCAUGCUCCAGUCAUGCUCAAUGUAGAAAAGAUCAAGCAUGUAUCGAUGGUGCAUGUGUUUUAGGCUGUCGAAGCAACAAAGACUGUUCAAACAACGAAGCGUGUGUUGGUUCAAAAUGUCAAAAUCCUUGCGAAAACCUUGCUGUUUGCGGACCAAAUGCAAAGUGUGAGAAUAAAAAUCAUAAAAUAUCAUGCACAUGUCCACCAGGAUUCGAAGCAAAUCCAACACCUGAUCAGGGUUGCGUACGAGUACCAACAGUAUGCACAACUACUCAAGAUUGUCCAAAAAGUCAUAUGUGUAUUGCCGGAAAAUGUAAUUUACCUUGUGACGACGUUAGCUCAUGUGCCAUUGGAGAAAGAUGUUUCAAUAAUGUGUGUUCAAAAGUAUGCUACACAAGUAACAAUUGCCUACCAGGAGAAAUAUGUAAUGACGGUGGAAUUUGCGUUGCUGGUUGUUCAUCUGACGUUGAUUGUCCUCAUACUCAAAUAUGUUUGCAGUCAAAAUGUAAAUGUGGAAAAGGUUUUAUUGGAACACCUUACGGUUGCACUGACAUUGACGAAUGCAGUGAGAAAUUAUGUCAUCCGUCAGCAAUUUGUGAAAAUAUUCCUGGAUCUUACAAAUGUGUUUGUCCUGAAAAUACAGUAGGUGAUCCAUAUGGUGAAACUGGCUGUCAGAAACCUAAUGAAUGCUAUAAGAAUGCUGAUUGCGCCGACAAUUUAUCUUGUGCUGAUGGUAAAUGUAUUGAUCCAUGCUCAAUUAAAUCUUGUGGAAGCAAUGCAAUGUGUCAAGUUAAUGACCAUGUGGCUGAAUGCCACUGUCCAUCAGGACAUCUCGGUAAUCCAGAAGACUUAUCUGUGGGAUGCUUCCGUGUUGAAUGUUUAAAUGAUGAUGAGUGCCCAUUAGGAAAGGCAUGCGAAUUAGAACGAAAUAAAUGUUCAAAUCCUUGUGAUUUCAUUUCGUGUGGCAAAGGAUCUUGCGAAGUUUUCAAUCAUGAAGCAAUUUGUUCAUGCUUCGAAGGCUACACAAUGAUUAACAAUAAGUGCCAAGACAUUGACGAAUGCCGAUUCAAACCAUGCCAUGAAACUGCUGUCUGUAAAAAUACUGAAGGCAAUUUCAUUUGUUCGUGUCCCGAUGGUUUAGUUGGUGACCCUGUACAAAGUGGAUGUCGCAAACCUGGUGAAUGUUUCACAGAUAACGAUUGUCCUGAUUCUGCCGUCUGUGAAAAAUCAAAAUGCAAGAACCCUUGCGAAUCAUCGAAAGCUUGUGGUGUUAAUGCAAGUUGUCGUACUGUUGCUCAUACUGUAUCAUGCAGUUGUCCUCCUAAGACUAAAGGUGACCCCAAGAUAUCCUGUGAUGUGAUAGAAUGUUCUGACAACAACGAAUGUGAUGCUAGAAAAGCAUGCGAUAAAUCAAAAUGUGUUGACCCAUGUUCACUUCCAAAUUCUUGUGGCCAAAACGCAAUUUGUUCACCUGAGAAUCACGUUGGUGUCUGUUCAUGUCAACCUGGAAAUACUGGAAAUCCAUUGCUUGGAUGUGUCCCAUUGCAGUAUUGCAGUGCUGAUAAUCAAUGCCCCACAGGAACAAAAUGUAAUAACGGAAUAUGCUGCACUAUCUGCUCUACUUCAAGAGAUUGCUUGGGCGAUCAAAUGUGUAUUCAGAAAGUCUGUCAACCAACAUGUCAAAGCAAUUCAACAUGCCCUGAUUUCCAAUACUGCCAAAAUAAUAUUUGUGUUCAAGAACCAAAAUGUGUCAAAGACGACGAUUGUGAAGAAGGAGAACAUUGCGCAGUUGACUCCAAUGGACGAUCCGAGUGUAAGAACGUUUGUUCUGGAAGAUAUCUUUGCGGUCGUAAUUCCGAUUGUGUUGCCCGCAAUCACAACGCUGAAUGUGAAUGCAAACAAGGAUUUUAUUCAGAUGGACAAAUUUGUCGAAAAAUCGAAUGUCAAACGGACGACAAUUGUAGCAAUGAUAAACGAUGUGAGAAUCAUAUGUGCAAGUUCGUAUGUUUAAUCGGAGAACCUUGCGGUGAAAACGCUUUAUGUACAUCUGAGAACCAUAAACAAAUUUGUCAAUGUCAACCUGGUUAUAAUGGAGAUCCUUAUACGAAAUGCGGUCCAGUUGAUUUCUGUGAAAGUUCACCAUGUGGAUCAGGAGCUACAUGUAGAAAUAACAGAGGUUCUUUCAAAUGUUCAUGUAAACCAGGUCAUGUUGGCGAUCCAUACACAGUUGGAUGUAUGAAAGAAGUCGAAUGUCAAAUUAACGACGACUGUCCUAAAGGCGCAAAAUGUGUGCAAGAAAAUGGAGUUCCAAAAUGUAAAGACGUCUGUGAAAACUUACAAUGCGGACCUAAUGCUGAAUGUUCAGCUGAAAAUCAUGUUGCUUUCUGCGUUUGCCGACCUGGCUACGAUGGAAAUCCAAAAGAUCGUGUGAAUGGUUGCAAGCCAAAACCCUCUCCAUGCCAAACAAAUUCAGAGUGUCCAGCAGAUUCAUAUUGCAAUGGAUUAGUUUGUAAACCAGCAUGCACUUUGAGCAGUGAAUGUCAAUUAAACGAAGCCUGUGUGGGCGGUCAAUGUAUGAAUCCUUGUGAACUUCCACAAUCUUGCGGUGUAAAUGCUGAAUGUUUAACUCGUGCCCAUAUCAAGGAAUGUUCAUGCCCAGCAGGUUUCACUGGAAGCUCAGAUGUCGAAUGUGUACGAAUACCCAUUGCAUGUUCAACAAGUUCUGACUGUUCUCGUGGAAUGUCAUGUAUCGAUUCAGUAUGUCUGCCAGGCUGCACAAGUGACCAAGUUUGUGCCCUAAAUGAAAAAUGUAUAAACAAGACAUGCAUGCUAACAUGCCGCGUUGAUAAUGACUGCUUUUUAGGUCAUAUAUGCUUGCAUAAUAAAUGCGUUUUCGGAUGUCAUCACGAUGAAGACUGCAGUGGAAGUGAGUCAUGUAUCAAUAAUAAAUGCAAAAAUCCAUGCGAAGAAAACCCAUGCGGUCCAUAUGCAUUAUGCACGGUUACGAAUCAAAGAGCUAGUUGUUCAUGUACUCGUGGAAUGGUUCCAAGUCCAACUGCAAAAAUUGGAUGUGUCAGAUCACCCGCUUUACCUUGUGCUGAAAAUAGAGAUUGCAUCGAAGGCCAUUCAUGCUUCAAUGAUUAUUGUCGACCAGUUUGUUCGAACGAUGCUAGCUGUUUGAAUAUCGAAAGAUGUGAUCGUGGUGCAUGUAAACCACUAUGCAGAAAAGACGACGAUUGUCGAAAUGGAGAAAUCUGUCAGGGACAAAUCUGUUCCGCAGGCUGUCGCUCAAAUACUGGAUGUUCUGAAAAUUCAGCAUGUCAAAAUCAACGCUGCGUUGAUCCAUGUCAAGAUCCAAGAGCAUGUGGAGCAAAUGCUAUAUGUAACGUUAAAAAUCAUCAGAUUGUGUGCUCUUGCAAGGAACCUUUGGUGGGAAAUCCUUUAGAAAGCUGUAAAUAUCCAGUUGUACCUUGUGAAAAACAAGAAGAUUGUAGCAGAGGACAAAUUUGCUUUGGAAAAGAGUGUAGAGCUUCAUGUCGUAACGAUCAAAAUUGUUUGUCAGAUGAACGGUGCAUUAAAGGAUCUUGUCGUUCAGUUUGCAGCACCGAUACUCAAUGUGGAACGAACUUCAUUUGUGAAAAUCGAAUAUGCCAACCCGGAUGUCGCACAGACAACUCAUGUGAAAACAAUCUUGCGUGUAUCGAAAAACAAUGCAUGAAUCCAUGUUCACUUUCCGGACAAUGUGGAACGUGCUCUGAAUGUAGUGUUCAUAAUCACGGUAUACAAUGUAGUUGUCCGCAAGGAAUGAUUGGAAAUCCACUUAUUGGUUGUUCAUCUCCAAUGGAGUCUUGUAAUGAUAAUUGUCAAUGUGAUGAUUCCAAACGAUAUUGCAUAAGAAAAUGUACAUCAACUAGCGGCUGUUCAUGUGGUGAACAAUGUAAUCGUGGUGUGUGCCGUUCAAAAUGUAAUAACGGCAACUGUUUACCUGGUCAACUGUGUAAAAAUGGAAUUUGUAUUGAUGGUUGUCGUACGAACUCGGAUUGCACAAAUGAAAUGUCUUGCAACAAAGGAAAAUGUGUUGAUCCUUGUAAAGAAAGUGUAUGCGGUGACAAAGCGAUUUGCAGAGCUGCUGAUCAUCGAGCGCUCUGCUUAUGUCCUGAUGGCUUCACCGGUGAACCUACAAUCAAGUGCACUCGCGUUGAAUGCCAAACAAAUAAUGACUGCGACUUGGACAAAAAAUGUGUUUCGGGUUCAUGUAAGAAUCCUUGUUUAGAGAGGGGAAUCUGUGGAAUAAACGCUCAAUGUCGCAUUGACAACAGACAAGUCAAUUGUGUUUGUCUUCCUGGUUUUGCGGGAGACCCAACAGUUGAAUGUUUUGAACCAAAAAUGGCUACCUGUACUAAAAACACUUGUGGAAUGAAUAGUUUUUGUCUUGAUACGCCCAGUGGUCCCGAAUGCAAAUGUCAACAAGGAUGCGUUGGGGAUCCAAUUCGAGGAUGUACUUGUAGAGAUGAACUAAUGAAUGCUUGUGAAACUCACAGAUGUGGAAUCAAUGCAAUGUGCAAAAUUGGCCCUAACAAUAGCCCGUCUUGCCAUUGUUCACCGCUUUAUCCUAAUGGAGAUCCUAACAUUGAAUGUUUAUCACGAGUUGAUUCAACAGAUUGUCGAACAUCAGGCUGCUUAUCGGGAGAAUGUAUUCAACAAGGGAAUAAGUUUGCAUGCGUCAAAAACAACGAGUGUUCAAAUGACCUAGAUUGUCCAAGUGAGAAAGCAUGUAUAGGCCAGCAAUGUAUAGAUCCUUGCACAUUGCGUGGAGCUUGCGGUGAAAAUGCACUGUGCACAACCGUGCUUCACCGUCCCAGAUGUUCUUGCCCUAAUUGUCAUACCGGCAGACCUGAUCAACAUUGUAAGCCCGAACCAAAUUGUGAUGAAAUUUCAACACCCAGACCAAGGAAGCCUGACACUAUAGUUUGUCAAACUCAUAAUGAUUGUCAUGAGAAUCUUGUCUGUACAAGAAAUGGAAAGUGUGAAGACCCAUGUGAAACUAAUGGCAUGAAAUGUGACGAAUUUAAGAAAUGCGUUGUUCGCAAACAUAAACCUGUUUGUGUUUGUAAAUUUGGAUUUAUCGUGAACGAAAAAGGAGAACUAACCUGUGCGAUGGACAGAAAGGAUUGCUUAAUAGAUGACGAUUGUGAAUCAAACAUGGCAUGCUUGUUGGGCAAAUGUAAGAAUCCAUGUGUGGAAACAUCUCGAAACUCACCACCUUGUCCCGCAAAUAAAACAUGCACAGUGGAGAAUCAUAAGCCUGUUUGUAUAUGUUUAGAAGAUUGUACUCCCACUCUUUCAAUCUGUUUGCGUGAUCGCGGUUGUCCCGAAGGUUUGGCAUGUCGCAAUUAUCAGUGUGUUAAUCCUUGCCUUACCGCGUCAUGCGCUGAAGACUCCCCAUGCUACGUUGAAGAUCACAAACCAAUUUGUAAAUUCUGCCCUCCCGGAUUUCUUAAAGACUCUAUGAGCGGAUGCCUAAAAGCAAACGACAAACCGAAUCUUGUAAUAAGUUGUUCAAAAAAUGCAGAUUGUGAAGAUAAUAUGCAGUGUCUCAUGGGCGUUUGCUAUGAUCCAUGUAGUUCUUCAGGAUGUGGCGAGUCUGCUACAUGUACUGUUGAAAAACACAUAAUUCAUUGUUCCUGUCCUCCUGGUUUCUCUGGUAAUCCAGAGGAAUCAUGUUUAAAAAUCCCAUCCCAUAUAGAUAAUAUUUACAUUGACAGCAAUAAUCAAAAACCAAAAGAAUUCAAGGACAUAAGACUUGAAGAUCUUUUGAAAGAAACUACACAAACUACAGAUGAAGAAAAUGUGACAACACCUACCGAUGAAACAACUGAAAAAGAUCAUCAUGAAACUUCGAUAUCUCCAAUGAUAUCUUCAUCGCAUACUCCAACAACCACGAGCCCAAGUAAAGGGACUGAGCUUCCUGAUGGUGUCACUGAUUCAACUUCUCAUACGAAAACAAAAACAACAAGUUCAUCCUUUGGCACUGAAUAUCCUGAACACAAAACAGUAAAAGAAUUCACAACUUCUGAUGGCAGUGGAAUUUCUACCACCAUUCCAACAACCAGGAGCUCAAGUGAAGAGACUGAGCUUCCUGAUGGUGUCACUGAUUCAACUUCUGAUACGAAAACAACAACAACAAGUUCAUCCUUUGACACUGAAUAUCCUGAUGGAAAAACAGUAAAAGAAUUCACAACUUAUGAUAGCAGUGGAAUUUCUACCACCAUUCCAACAACCAGGAGCUCAAGUGAAGAGACUGAGCUUCCUGAUGGUGUCACUGAUUCAACUUCUGAUAAGAAAACAACAACAACAAUAAAUGAAUUCACAACUUCUGAUGGCAGUAGAAUUUCUACCACCAUUCCAACAACCAGGAGCUCAAGUGAAGAGACUGAGCUUCCUGAUGGUGUCACUGAUUCAACUUCUGAUACGAAAACAACAACAAGUUCAUCCUUUGACACUGAAUAUCCUGAUGGAAAAACAGUAAAAGAAUUCACAACUUAUGAUAGCAGUGGAAUUUCUACCACCAUUCCAACAACCAGGAGCUCAAGUGAAGAGACUGAGCUUCCUGAUGGUGUCACUGAUUCAACUUAUCUUACGAAAACUACAACAAGUUCAUCUUUUGACACUGAAUAUCCUGGUGUUACAACGGAAGUAGAUGCUACAACUGAUUUUCCUGAAGUAUCUACAGGACAGGAGAUGCCGCAAAGCCCGACUGAAAAAGGGUUGGACUUAAAAAUAGAUUUGCUUUCAAAGCAGCAUCGUAAAUCUGACAAUGAAAGCGACGGUAUAAUAUCAAGCACUCACACAUCAGUCACUAAAAGUGGGUUUAAGAAAACUUUUGAGCAGACAACUGUUCACAUGUUAGGAACAUUGCAUCCUAUGAAAGAUUCUAAAGAGUUUUUAGAUUUAGAGAACCCUGAAGCCGAAUAUCAUUCAACAAGAGGCAUUGAAACGACAACAAAUUAUGUAAACGAUAGUUUCACAGAGGACAUUGAAACUACAACAUUCGAAGAAUCGACAAGAGAAUAUCUUUUGGAAAAUGAUAGAACAGUACAUUACAAUGAUUCUGAAGAGCUGAUUACAACUGCUGUUGAAGAAACCACGGAUGGGUUAUCUUUGUGUUGGAUUAAUGAAGACUGUCAAAAUAAUACACUUUGCAUUGAUAAUCGAUGUAUUGAUCCUUGUUUCCUUUAUAAUCCUUGUCCCGUAAAUAUUUCUUGCAUUGUUUCCAACUUUUCAAUCGUUUGCUUAUGUUCAGAAGCAGAACUCGCCACUUCGCAAAACUGCACUGAAAAGCCAGAAAUUGGAUGCAAACGUGAUGACGAAUGUUUAUCACAAAAAGCAUGCAUUAAUGGACGAUGUGGAGAUCCUUGUGCAUAUUCCAGCCCUUGCGAGCUUAACCAAGAAUGUCAGGUUGUUGAUCACCAAGCUGUGUGCAUUAAAGUUUGCCAAUGUCAAAAACAAUCUGAUUGCCGACCUAACACUGUUUGUAAUGGAUGUGACUGCAUCGAACAACAAGAACCAACAUACUCAAAGGAGUGUCCACACUGUCCACCAGGAGUAAAAUGUGACAUGUUUACAGGUGCAUGUAUUCAAGAACCAGGAAUGCCAAAAAAACCUGAGCUUUGUAAUUCCGACAAUGACUGCAUUGAAACGGAAUUAUGUUAUAUGGGUUAUUGCGAAGAUCCAUGUCAGAUGCGUGGAGUAUGCGCUUCCUCUGCUAUUUGUCAAGUGAAGCGGCAUAGACCCAUUUGUGUUUGUCCAAAAGGACAUGAAGGAAAUCCAGCUACUAAUUGCACUACCAGAAAAUUAUUACAAUGCACUGUCAAUGAAGAAUGCUCACUCACUGAAGCUUGCAUUCAAAAUGUUUGUCAACACCCAUGUGAUAUUCGCAAUCCUUGUGCAGAGCACGCUAUAUGUAUAAAUGUAAAUCAUGGUUCAGAUUGCAGUUGUGCUGAAAACUAUCAUGGCAAUGGAUAUGCUGGAUGUCAAUUAGUUGAUGAUUAUGUCCCUGUAUGUCAGUACAAUGAAGAUUGUCCACCAGACAAAUUUUGUGAUCGUCUCAACAGAAUUUGUAUUAAUCCAUGCAAUGAUGACUCAUGUGGAGAAAAUGCUUAUUGUACUCCUGAUAAUCAUGGUUUCAAAUGUCAUUGUCAAACAGGAUACGUUGGAAAUGCAUUUGUUGAAUGUAUCAAAGCAGAAGGAUGCAAAACAGAUCGUGAGUGCUCUCUAUCUCAAGCUUGUAAUAACGGUCAAUGUAUUUCACCUUGUAAUUGUGGAAUUAAUGCAGAAUGCAUUGUAAAUAAUCAUAAAGCUACGUGCAAAUGUCCAAUAGGAUAUACUGGUAAUCCGCUUCAUUCAUGUGGCCCUCCAGAAAAUCUCUGUGAUCCAAACCCUUGUGGAGAUUAUGCUCUUUGUGAAUUAGACAGAGGGAAUCCUAUUUGUUACUGUCCAAAAGGAAUGACAGGAAAUCCUUUCCAAAAAUGUAUACCUGAAGGUUCUGAGUGUAAGAAAAACAACACUUGUGGUCCAAAUUCAGGAUGUCGAAUAAUAGAUGGUAAAGCAAAAUGCUUCUGUUUACCUGGCUUUGAAGGAAACCCACCUCGUAAACCAUGCGGACCCCCUAAAAGUCCAUGUGAUCCUUCGCCAUGUGGUCCCAAUACACAGUGUUCAAUUUAUAAUGGCAUUGCUAAGUGUGCUUGUUUGUCAGGAUAUAUUGAAAGUCCAAACACAAUAAGAGGAUGCGUUGAACCAAUAAAUCCAUGCGAUCCAAACCCAUGUGGUAAACAUGCCAUCUGUGAUUCAUCUCGUGAUCCAAUUUGUUAUUGUCCUGGAUCAACAUUAGAUAAUCCUUUCCGUUACUGUUCAGAACCUGCAGUUAGAAAGGAAUUAUGUCGUCCAGGUCCAUGUGGCAAAAAUUCUGAUUGCUUUGUAGUUCAAAAUAAGGAACAAUGCUCAUGUCGCUCAGGUUUUUAUGGUGAUCCAUAUAAUAACUGUUAUGAAAUUCCCAAAUCAGUCUGUCAACCCAAUCCUUGUGGACCAAGAGCACAAUGCGUUUCUUCGCCAGAUGGUAAAAGCAUGUGCUUCUGUCCUGAUGGUAUGACAGGUGAUCCCACAAGUAUUCAAGGAUGUCACAGUUUUGAAUGCCAAACAGAUGAAGAAUGUUCCGAUAACACAGCUUGCAUUGGUUUCAAAUGUCAAGACCCAUGUCCGGGUUCAUGUGGACUUAACACUUAUUGUCGAGUGGAAAAACACCACCCAGCCUGCUUUUGUAAUGAAGGAUUUUAUGGAAAUCCUUUCCAAUCCUGUUAUGUUUUGGAAGAUAGAGUCGAUCAAAUAGAUCCGUGCAAUCCCUCGCCUUGUGGACCAUACACGCAAUGUAAAGUGCAAAGGAAGAAACCUGUUUGCUCAUGCAUUCAAGGUUUUAAGGGAAAUCCUAAUCAAGGAUGUAAACCUGAAUGUAUACUAAAUUCGGACUGUUCUAGCACAGAAGCUUGUAGAAAUCACAAGUGCAUAAGCCCAUGUAAUGGCGAUAUUUGCGGAAUUAACGCUGAAUGCAAAGUUCAUCACCAUGCUGCAGUUUGUCAGUGUCGCAAAGGAUACUUUGGAGAUUCGUUUUCACAAUGUGUUAUAUUACCAGCACGUGAUGAAAAGAAAAAUCCUUGCAACCCUUCCCCUUGUCAUCCAAAUGCUGCAUGUAGAGUGUAUGACGAAAAAACUGCUAUUUGCGAUAGUUGUUACUCUCCAGAAGGUGUCAAAAAUCCAGAAUGUCGUCCUGAAUGUACAAGUAAUUCAGAAUGUACAUUUGACAAGUCUUGUUUCAACCAGAAAUGCAUUAAUCCAUGUCCGGGAUCAUGUGGUCAUAAUGCACAAUGUGAAGUGAUAAAUCAUACUCCAACAUGUUCUUGUCCAGAUGGCUUAAUAGGAAAUCCAUUUGAACAAUGCUUACCACCCCAACCAAAUGAACUUCCAGUAUCAUGUGACAACAGAGUUUGUGGUUUUAACACUGAAUGUGGUCAGAAAGGAAAAGUAUUGAAAUGUCAAUGUAAAAAAGGGUUCUUUGGAGAUCCUUUAAUCGGUUGCAGACCGGAAUGUGUUAUAAACACAGAUUGCGAUUCUCAAAAAGCUUGUAGGGAUUAUAAAUGUGUCAAUCCCUGUGAGAACACUUGUGGUGUGAAAUCACUAUGCCAAGUAGUAAAUCACUUCCCAGUGUGUUACUGCCCUGAAGGUCAUAUUGGAGAUGCUUCAGUCUAUUGUAAUGAAAUAAGAAAAACUCCUUUGACGCCCAUAAACCCUUGCGACCCUUCACCUUGUGGACCAUACAGUAAAUGUUUAAUAUCAUCAAAUGUUGCAGUAUGUUCUUGUCUUCCUCAAUAUAAAGGAGCACCUCCAUCAUGUCAACCAGAAUGUAUAAUAAACAGUGAAUGUCCUUUAAAUAAAGUAUGCAUAAACCAUCGUUGUUCAGAUCCAUGUUUCCAAACCUGUGGUCUUAAUGCCAAUUGUCAAGUUGUUAACCAUAAUCCUAUUUGUAAUUGCCCUUCGGGAUUAAGGGGAGAUCCAUUUGUGGCAUGUCAACAUAUAGAUGACGAACUGAACAGAGAGAUCGACCAAAACCCUUGCGUACCAUCACCGUGUGGAUUAUUUUCAAUAUGUCAAGUAAAGCAGGGUAGGCCAGUGUGUUCCUGCAUUGAAAAUUAUAAUGGAAAACCGCCAAAUUGUCGGCCGCAAUGUAUUUUCAAUUCGGAUUGUCCAUAUGAUAAAGCUUGUAUUCGAGAAAGAUGUCUUGAUCCAUGCCAAGAUGCAUGCGGUGCCAAUGCUGAAUGUCAUGUCAUUGCUCAUUCAGCUCAAUGCAAUUGUAAACCUGGAUAUGAAGGAGAUUCGUUUGUAGGGUGUACCAAAACAUAUCAACCAAUACAUGAUAUCAAAGAUCCGUGUCAUCCUAAUCCUUGUAAAGAAAAUGCUGAAUGCAGUGUUUAUAACAAUGCUGUUAAAUGUACUUGCAUAUCACCCUACCAAGGAGAUCCUUAUUCAACUGGAUGCAGGCCCGAAUGUAUCUUAAAUGUUGAUUGUGGUCCACAGUUAGCUUGUGUCAAUCAAUUUUGUCGAGAUCCCUGUCCAGGAAUUUGUGGUGUUAAUGCGGAAUGUACUGUUGUAAAUCAUAUACCAGUUUGUAGUUGCUCAAGAGGUUACAAUGGUGAUGCUUUCAACGGAUGCCGAAAAGAUACUCCUGUGUAUAUACCUCCACAAGAAACUUCUAAUCCUUGCGAACCUAAUCCAUGUGGGCCAAGUUCGUUAUGUCGUGUUGUUGAAAAUCACCCUGCUUGCUCUUGCAUAGCAGGAUAUAUUGGUUCCCCACCACAAUGUCGUCCAGAAUGUAUUGUUAGUGCAGAAUGUGAUGUCAAAUUGGCUUGUAUUGGCAAGAAAUGUAAAGACCCUUGUCCUGGAACUUGUGGUGUUAAUGCAAAUUGUCAAGUUAUAAACCGUAACCCGAUUUGUAGUUGCCCUCAAAAUUAUGUUGGUGAUCCUUUCAUUCAAUGUACACUCCAACCUCUAGAAGAUACUAGAAAAAAUCCUUGCGAUCCAACCCCUUGUGGCCCUAAUAGCAGAUGUAAUUCUAAUAAUGAGAGACCUGUUUGUUCUUGCAUACCUGGAAUGUUCGGUGCGCCUCCAAAUUGUCGUCCAGAGUGUACCAUAAAUCAGGAAUGCCCCUCUAACAGAGCUUGUUUCAAUUCUAAAUGCGUUGACCCUUGCGUUGGAUCUUGUGGCUUUAAUUCCUUAUGUACUGUGCAAAACCACCAAGCCACGUGUAAGUGUUUUGAAGGACAUGAAGGAGAUCCUUAUUCAGGAUGCAGUCCAAAACAAGAAUAUCCUAUAGAAAUUUAUCGGCCUUGCAAUCCUUCUCCCUGUGGGGAAAAUGCUAUAUGCACUGAAAAAAAUGGUGUUGGAUCAUGUAAAUGCAUGCAGGAAUAUAGAGGUGAUCCCUAUAUAAGUUGUAGACCAGAAUGUAUUCAAAAUUCAGAUUGUAUAAGGAGUAAGUCUUGUGUCAAUCAAAGAUGCAUUGAUUCAUGUGUAGGAGCUUGUGGUUUAAACGCUGAAUGCAAAGUUGUUUUCCAUUCACCUACAUGUUAUUGUUUAAAGGGCUACACUGGAAAUGCUAAUGAAAGAUGUUAUAUUGAACUUAAAGAUGAAAACCCCCCAAUAAAUCCAUGUCAUCCUUCUCCAUGUGGACUAAAUAGUAUUUGUCGAAUAAUUGAAGGCAGACCCGUAUGUUCUUGUCAAGAAAAUUACUUUGGUGUCCCUCCCAAUUGCCGUGUUGAAUGUAUGGUUAAUUCUGAUUGUUCAAGAGUUCAAGCUUGCUCAAAAAAUAAAUGUAUAAAUCCAUGUAUUGGAGUUUGUGCUCAUAAUGCUAUAUGUCGUGUUGUCAAUCAUAGUCCAAUAUGUACAUGCAACAAUGGAUAUUCAGGAGAUCCAUUUGAAAUAUGUUAUAUUGAAAAUAAACCAAUCAUCCAAGAAGAAUCUUACAAUCCAUGCAUACCCUCACCUUGUGGACCAAAUUCUCAAUGUAAAAAUAAUAACGAUCAAGCUAUAUGCUCUUGUAUUCCCUCAUACAUUGGAAGACCACCAAAUUGUCGACCUGAAUGUUCUGUUAAUUCAGAUUGUUUCUCAAACCAAGCAUGCAUGAAUCAAAGAUGUAAAAAUCCAUGUCAUGGUUCAUGUGGGUUAGAAACAACAUGUACAGUAACUUCCCAUAUUCCUGUUUGUGUCUGUAAUGAAGGUUUCACAGGUGAUCCUUUCACAAACUGCUAUAAAACACCUCAACUUACCUAUCUCCCACCUAUCGAAACACCAUGCGCGAAAACUCCAUGUGGAAAUAAUGCAAUAUGUCGCGAGUUUAAUGGAGCUGUUUCUUGCAGUUGUAUUCCAAAUUAUUAUGGAGAUCCUCAUAUUGCUUGUAGACCUCAAUGUGUUUCAAACAGCGAAUGUCCUAUGCAUGAAGCUUGCAUGAAUACAAAAUGUGUUGAUCCUUGCAUUGGGCUUUGUGGCAUAAAUGCUGAAUGCUUUGUUCGCAAUCAUUCACCCAUUUGUAAUUGUUUAGCGGGCUAUGUUGGAAAUCCUUUCGAAUCUUGCUAUGAAAAGCAAAUAAUUAUAAUUGAUGAUUCCAAAUCGGAUCCAUGUGUCCCUUCCCCAUGCGGAUUGAAUUCACAAUGUCAUAAUCGACAUAAUGUAGCGACAUGCUCAUGUUUGGUGAAUUAUAUUGGAAGCCCACCUAAUUGUCGACCAGAAUGCGUAGUUAGUGCAGAUUGCAGUCCUGAUAAAAGUUGCAUCGCUCAAAAAUGUAAAGACCCUUGCCCUGGUACAUGUGGCUUUAAUGCGAGAUGCCAUGUUGUAAAUCAUAGUCCAAUCUGCAGUUGCGUAGUUGGCUAUGUUGGUGAUCCUUUUAUCCGAUGUGUUCUUGAUCAUCAAAAUGUUCCAAUUGAAUAUGAAAAUCCCUGCUCUCCAUCUCCUUGCGGACCUUAUUCACAAUGUCGUGAAUUAGACAAACGAGCAGUCUGUUCAUGUUUAACAAAUCAUCUAGGAAGUCCCCCAAAUUGUAGGCCAGAAUGCAUACAAAAUUCAGAUUGCAUUUCGAAAUUAUCUUGUAUAAAUAUGAAAUGUGUUGAUCCUUGUCCUGGUUUAUGUGGUGUCAAUGCUUUAUGUUCUGUUACAUACCAUCAAGGAAUAUGUAGAUGUCCCCCACAAUACACAGGAGACCCAUUUACUCAAUGUUCCCCAAUUCCAUUAUAUGAAGAAACUGAAAUAAAAAAUCCCUGUGUACCGUCUCCAUGUGGCAUAAAUGCUAUUUGUAAAGAAAAAAAUGGUGCAGGAUCUUGUUCAUGCAUAGAUGAAUAUUUUGGUGAUCCUUACUCAAUUUGUAAGCCGGAGUGCAAUGUGAAUUCAGACUGCUCAAGAGCAAAGUCUUGUUUCAAUCAGAAAUGUAUAGAUCCAUGCCCAGGUUCUUGUGGGAAAAACACUGAAUGUCAAGUUAUAAAUCAUUCACCUAAUUGCCAAUGCAUAUUAGGCUAUUCAGGCAACCCAUUCACCGGCUGCUACCCAAUUCCUCAAAAUGAACCUACAACAUUAAAAAAUCCUUGUUACCCUUCUCCAUGCGGACCCUAUAGUGAUUGCAAAGCUAUUAAUGGCCAUGCUGUAUGCUCUUGUAGCCAUAAUUAUGUUGGAACCCCUCCAGCUUGUCGACCCGAAUGUGUAGUGAGCUCAGAUUGUACAUUAGACAAAGCAUGUAAUAAUCAGAAAUGUAUCGAUCCUUGUCCUGAAGCGUGUGGUAUGAAAGCAAAAUGUCAAACAAUAAAUCAUAGUCCAAUCUGCAGUUGUCCUAGCUCAUACACAGGAGAUCCAUUCUUAGUAUGCUAUAAAGAAGAACCAAACAUUUCAAACGUAAAUCCAUGUAUACCUUCUCCCUGUGGCCCUUAUUCUCAGUGCCAAACAGUUAACAAUCAUCCAGUAUGUUCAUGCAUUCAAAAUUACUUUGGAAAACCACCAAGUUGUAGACCUCAGUGUGUUCUUAAUUCUGAAUGUGAAUCAAAUCUAGCGUGUAUUAAUGAAAGAUGUAAAGAUCCAUGUCCUGGUUCAUGUGGAUUCAACGCUUUAUGUUCAGUGGUCACACACUCUCCUAAGUGCUCAUGCAUGAAUGGUUAUACUGGGGAUCCUUUUUCUGGUUGUUAUUUAUUGCAAACACCUAUUAUUGAAGAAAAAAGUCAACCCUGUAAUCCUUCUCCAUGUGGUUCUAAUACAAUAUGUAAAGAAAAGAAUGGGGUUGGGUCAUGUAGUUGUAUUCCUGAAUAUUUUGGUGAUCCUUAUGUUGGAUGUAAACCAGAAUGUGUUUCAAAUGACGAAUGUUCACCACAAAAAGUUUGUACCCAAAACAAGUGCCAAGAUCCUUGCCCUGGAGUAUGUGGCAUAAAUGCUUAUUGUAAAUCCUUGAGGCAUAAUCCUUUAUGUUUCUGUGAAGAUGGAUAUACUGGAAAUGCUUUCAAAUAUUGUAACAAAAUAUCUGAAGUUAUUUUUGAAGAAAACUCUGAUCCUUGUCAACCAUCCCCAUGUGGUCCUUUUUCCAAAUGCAAAAUCGUUGAUUCCCAUGCAGUAUGUUCAUGCUUAAUUGGGUAUAAAGGAAUAGCACCCAAUUGUAAACCUGAAUGCGUUGUGAGUGCAGAAUGCUCUCAAAGCAACGCUUGCAUAAAUCAAAAAUGUGUUGAUCCUUGUCCAGGCACUUGUGGAACAAAUGCAAGGUGUCAAGUUAUUAAUCAUAACCCAAUUUGCAGUUGUUCAUUUGGAUACACUGGUGAUCCCUUCAUUCAAUGUAUAAUAGAACAAAAGCCUAUAAAAGAAGAUUUUUCGGGAAAUCCAUGCUCUCCUUCACCAUGUGGACCUUUUUCAGCUUGUCGAAUUGUAGGAAAUAUUCCAACAUGUUCAUGCUUACCUGGAUACAUUGGAAGAUCUCCCAACUGUAGACCAGAAUGUACAAUAAAUGCUGAAUGCUCCUCAAACCUUGCCUGCGUAAAUGAGAAAUGUGUUGAUCCAUGUAUUGGAUCUUGUGGUCUAAACUCUAUCUGUACUGUAAAUAAUCAUAAUCCUAUAUGUCAAUGCAAAAAUGGUUAUAGUGGUGAUCCCUUUUCUAUAUGCUCUGAAAUUAUAUACUCUUCCCCUGUGGAAGAAAAAAUUAGGCCAUGUAGUCCAUCUCCUUGUGGGGCAAAUGCGGAAUGUAAAGAAAAGAAUGGCGCAGGUUCUUGUUCCUGUUUACCAGAAUAUAUUGGCGAUCCAUACAUUGGAUGUAGACCUGAAUGCGUUCAAAAUUCCGACUGUGAUAAAUCUAAAGCGUGUAUCCAAAACAAAUGCAAAGAUCCUUGUCGAGGAGUCUGUGGAACUAAUGCUGAAUGUAGAGUGCAAAAUCAUUCACCAGUCUGUUUAUGUCUAAUCGGCUAUGAAGGAGAUCCUAGUACUAGUUGUCAUAGAAUAGAAAUUGCAACACAAAGGCCAAUAGAGAAUCCAUGCUUACCAUCACCGUGUGGACCAUAUAGUCAAUGCCAUGAAAGAAAUGGUCAAGCAAUAUGUUCUUGCAGUCCAAGUUACAUUGGCACCCCUCCAAUGUGCCGUCCAGAAUGUAUUACAAAUUCAGAGUGUUUUUUGAAUAAAGCAUGUUUAAAUAACAAGUGUGGUGAUCCAUGUCCAAACACUUGCGGAGAACAAGCAAUAUGCAAUGUUGUGAAUCAUAACCCAAUUUGUAGUUGCUCUAAUGGAUAUACUGGGGACCCAUUCAUUAAAUGUUUCAAAUCAGAAACUCCUGUCUAUAGAGAACCUGAAAAUCCUUGUAUUCCUUCUCCCUGUGGUCCAAACUCUCAAUGCAAAGUAGUUGGUGUAACUGCAGCAUGCUCAUGUUUGCCCAAUUAUAUCGGGCAAUCACCAAAUUGUCGUCCUGAAUGCACAGUAAACACUGAAUGUCCUAACUAUUUAGCAUGUGGGAAUGAAAAAUGUAAAGAUCCUUGUAUUGGAAGUUGUGCUUCAAAUGCCAAAUGCUCUGUAGUAAAUCAUAAUGCAAUAUGCUCAUGUCCUUUGGGAUAUGAUGGUGAUCCUACUAUACUAUGUAAUCUUAGUCCUUUACCUACCUUUGAAACACCAAUUGCUCGACCUUGCGAACCUUCCCCAUGUGGGCAAAAUGCUGAAUGCAGGGAAUUCAAUGGAGCUGGAAGCUGUUUCUGUUUUGAUGGUUAUGAAGGCGAUCCAUUUGAUAAAAACAGAGGAUGUAAAAGAGAAUGCGAAUCUAACCGUGAAUGCAGCAAUAACCUUGCAUGUAUCAGAAAUAAAUGUCUUGAUCCUUGCAUAGGAACUUGUGGAUCAUAUGCACUUUGUGAAGUGAAAGAUCAUAUUCCUUUAUGUACGUGCCCUGUAGGAUAUACUGGUGAUCCUUUCUUUUUAUGCAGAGAAGAACCUGUAACUCCACCUCCACGAUCAAAUCCGUGUGUUCCGUCACCAUGUGGACCAAAUUCUCAAUGUCGUGAAGUAAAUUCACAAGGAGUGUGUUCUUGUCUUCCAAAUCAUAUAGGAACCCCUCCAAAUUGCCGACCUGAAUGUGUGGUUAAUUCAGAAUGUGAUUCAAAUUUGGCGUGUAUAAAUCAGAAAUGCUCAGACCCCUGUCCAAACACAUGUGGAAUAGAAGCAAACUGUAAAACUCGAAAUCAUAACCCAAUAUGCUCCUGUCCACAUGGGUACACGGGGGAUCCCUUUUCACAUUGUUCAAGAAUAGUAAUCUUACAAGAACCUGUUACUACUGUUGCUCCACCAUCAUGUGUUCCGUCACCAUGUGGUCCAAACUCAAAAUGUCAAAUGAGUGGAGAUACUCCGGCAUGCUCUUGUCUCCCAGAUUUUAUUGGCGCCCCACCAAACUGCCGACCACAAUGUGUCCUUAAUUCUGAGUGUUCGAGUCGAGAAGCUUGCAUCAAUCAAAAAUGUAAAGAUCCUUGUGUUAGUUCUUGUGGUAUUGAUGCUCAAUGCAGGGUUCAAAAUCAUAUACCAGUGUGUACAUGUAUUGAAGGUUACGAAGGGGAUCCAUUUGGAGUUUGCCAGCCAAUUCCAAUAACAACCGAAAAACCAAAAGAUCUCUGUAAUCCUUCUCCAUGUGGGCCAAAUACUUUGUGCCGAAAUGGUAUCUGUUCUUGCAUACCCGAGUAUCAAGGAGAUCCCUCUAGCGGCUGUCGUCCUGAAUGUGUGUUGAAUAACGAUUGUUCUCGGAACAAAAUAUGUUCAAGAAAUAAAUGCAUUGAUCCAUGCCCAGGAACAUGUGGAGAUGAUGCUAUAUGUGAAGUAAUUAAUCAUGUACUUACAUGUACCUGUCCCUCUGGAAUGGUAGGAAACGCAUUUACUAAGUGCAUAAUUCAACGAGAAGAACCUAAACUACCAGAAAACCCUUGCCAGCCAAGUCCUUGUGGACCGUUCUCACAAUGUAAAAAUUACAACAACCAAGCUGUUUGUUCAUGCUUGCUUGGAUAUUCUGGUAGUCCCCCUAGCUGUCGACCAGAAUGCAUUUUGAGUUCUGACUGUUCACCUGAUAAAUCAUGCCGAAAUCAAAAAUGUAUAGACCCAUGUCCUGGAACGUGCGGUUUCAAUGCUCGUUGUGAAGUUAUAAACCACAGCCCUAUCUGCAGUUGUUCAGCAGACCAAACUGGCGAUCCAUUUAAAAGUUGUUUUGAAAUUCCUAAAAAACCAGUAAUUGUUGAAAAUGAAGAUCCUUGUGUACCUAAUCCAUGUGGACCGAAUUCCCAAUGCACAAAUAAUGGUAAUAAUCCUAUUUGUCAAUGUCUAAAUGACUACAUUGGCAAAGCUCCAAACUGUAGACCGGAAUGUGUAACAAAUGAUGACUGCUCAAAGGAUAAAAACUGCAUCAACAAUAAAUGUAAAAAUCCUUGUCCAGAAGUUUGUGGAAUUAGUGCUGAAUGUAGAGUAAUCGCCCAUACUAUAUCAUGUACAUGUCCAGAGAGAUUCACGGGAAAUGCUUUUGUGCAGUGUAUUCCUCAAAUAUUAAAGGAAGAACCAAUAAACCCAUGCGAUUCAUUACCAUGCGGACAAAAUGCAGAAUGCGUUCAUAGAAAUGGUGCAGCAUCUUGCAGAUGUAUUCAAGAUUAUGCUGGGAAUCCAUAUGACGGAUGUCGACCUGAAUGUAUUUUGAAUUCUGAUUGCACAUCAACUCUUGCAUGCAUCAGAAAUAAGUGCGUGAAUCCUUGUCCUGGAAUUUGUGGCCUAAAUGCUGAAUGCACAGUUAUUAACCAUAUACCUACAUGUUCAUGUUUGAAUGGUUAUAGAGGUGAACCUUUCGAUAAUUGCAAAGCUAUUGAGCAUGAUGUCAUUACUGAACCUCCAGUAUCAAACCCUUGUCAGCCUUCUCCCUGUGGUCCUAAUUCAUCAUGCAGAGAAAAAAGUAAUGUGGCAGUAUGUGCUUGUGAGUCUGGAUUUGUAGGUGAACCACCAAACUGUAGACCAGAGUGUACAAUAAAUUCAGAGUGUCCAAUUCGUCAAGCAUGUCAUAAGUUUAAAUGUAAAAAUCCUUGCCUAGGUACAUGUGGGACAAAUGCCAUUUGUGAAGUAAGGAACCACAAUCCUAUAUGCAGUUGUGCUUCAGAUUUUACAGGAAAUCCAUUCCUUCAAUGUAUUCCUAUUGUGAAAGAAGAAGAACCAAGGCAACCAGUCAAUCCGUGUUAUCCUUCGCCAUGUGGAUUAUUUUCUGAAUGUAAAGUUACUGAAGGUAACUUACCAUCAUGCUCCUGUCUGCAAAAUUUUGUUGGUUUGCCACCUAAUUGCAGACCUGAAUGUGUUGUAAAUACUGAUUGCUCGUCAAGUCAAGCUUGCAUCAACGAAAAAUGCAAGAAUCCAUGUAAUGGUGCAUGUGGAUUUAAUACCAAUUGUCACGUUCAAAAUCAUGUCCCUAUAUGUAGUUGCCAGGCCGAAUUUACGGGAGAUCCAUUUACACAAUGUGUGAAGAUUGUAGAAAAGCCUCCUCCAAAGUUGAAUGAAGAUCCUUGUCGUCCAUCACCAUGUGGAGCAAAUGCCAAAUGUAUAGAUGGAAUAUGCUCUUGUUUCCCAGAAUAUAGUGGUGAUCCAUAUUCAGGCUGCAGACCAGAGUGUAUUCUUAGCACGGAAUGUUCUCCCAAUAAAGCUUGUAUCAGAAAUAAAUGUAUCGAUCCAUGUCCAGGAACUUGCGGGCAAAAUGCUAUUUGUAAUACUGCCAAUCACAUACCAUCCUGUUUAUGUCCUCAAGGAACAACGGGAGAUCCAUUUACAUCUUGCAAGGAAAUAAAAUAUAUUGCAAAGCAACCUGAAAACCCAUGUGUUCCUUCUCCCUGCGGCCCGAACAGUAUAUGUAGAACAAAACAAGAAACAGCUAUAUGCUCUUGUCAACAAGGCAUGAUAGGAACUCCACCUGGUUGUCGCCCAGAAUGUAUUGUUAGUUCUGAAUGUGACUUAUCUAAAUCAUGUAUGAACCAAAAAUGUAUAGACCCUUGUCCGGGAAGCUGUGGAGAAUUUACACAAUGUAGAGUAAUAAACCACAGUCCAGUUUGUACCUGCGUUCCAGGGUACACGGGAAAUCCUUUCAGCAGAUGCAAUAUUUUAUACGAAGAUGUUAAAAAAGAAAAUCCAUGUACUCCAACACCUUGCGGACCUAAUUCACAAUGUAAAACAGCGGGAGAAUAUCCGGUUUGUAGCUGUGUUGAAGGAAUGAUUGGAAAUCCCCCUAAUUGUAAACCAGAAUGCACAAUUAGUAGUGAAUGCAGUGCAUCGUUAGCUUGCAUCAAUCAAAAAUGUAAAAAUCCAUGCCCUGGUGCUUGUGGACUCUUUUCUGAAUGUUCUGUUAUCAAUCACACCCCAAUGUGUCAAUGUGAAAACGGUUAUGCCGGAGAUCCUUUCACAGGAUGCACACAAAAGUCUGAAGAUCCCAUAAAAGAAAUAAUCCAACCAUGCACUCCAUCUCCAUGCGGUCCCAAUGCAAUCUGUCGUGAAAAUAAUGAAGCAGGUGCAUGCAUAUGCAUCAAAGAUUAUAUAGGAAAUCCAUAUGAAGGAUGCCGACCUGAAUGUAUCUUGAAUUCUGAUUGUUCCUCGAGUCUUGCUUGUAUGAAAAACAAAUGCCAAGAUCCUUGUCCCGGAACAUGUGCUCAAAAUGCUAAAUGUCAAGUUGUUAAACAUCUGCCGUCUUGUACUUGUAUUUCUGGAUAUGUUGGUGAUCCAUUUAGACAAUGUACUUUUAAACAAAACGAACCGUUAGUACCAACAUAUGUCAACCCAUGUCAACCUUCACCUUGUGGUCCCAACUCCCAAUGCAAAGAACUUAAUAAUCAAGCUGUUUGUAAAUGUCUUCCAAAUUAUGUUGGAAGCCCUCCCGGUUGUCGACCCGAAUGCGUUGUCAGUUCCGAGUGUGAUCAUGACAAAGCAUGUUCCAAUCAGAAAUGUGUUGAUCCAUGUCCAGGAACAUGUGGACAAAAUGCAAAAUGUAGAGUUAAUAACCAUAGUCCUGUUUGUUAUUGUGAAAGUGGUUACACAGGAGAUCCUUUCUCAAGAUGUUAUCAACAACCACUCCCUGUCAUUCCACCACAACAAGAUAUCUAUCGAGAUCCAUGCAAUCCUUCUCCUUGUGGUCCUUUGUCUCAAUGCCGUGAUAUAAAUGGAUCACCAUCGUGCUCAUGCUUACCUUCAUAUAUGGGAUCCCCUCCAAACUGUAGACCUGAAUGCUCCAUCAAUUCAGAAUGUCCAAGUAAUAAAGCUUGCAUAAACGAGAAAUGUCGCGAUCCCUGUCCAGGCUCUUGUGGAAUAAAUGCUCAAUGCAAUGUGAUAAAUCAUACUCCAGUUUGUACAUGUUCUGAAUAUGACACUGGCGAUCCAUUUACAAAUUGUUACCCUAAACCUCCACCACCAAAAGAACCUGUUUUUGAUGAUCCAUGUAAUCCAUCUCCUUGUGGAGCAAAUGCAAAUUGUCUUGAUGGAACUUUUAUUCAACAACCCCCCCCCUCCGAUCCAUGUCAACCAUCUCCAUGUGGCCCCAAUUCCUUGUGUAGAGCUGUUGGAGAUCAAGCCUCUUGCAGUUGCCUUCCUGAAAUGAUUGGAAGUCCACCUCAAUGCAAACCUGAAUGCAUUAGUAAUUCUGAAUGCUCUAGUCAUUUGGCAUGUAUAAAUCAAAAGUGCAAAGAUCCAUGUCCAAAUACUUGUGGAUUAAAUGCUGAAUGUAGAGUAGUUAGUCAUACUGCUAUGUGUUAUUGUUUGGUUGGAUAUUCCGGUGAUCCCUUUAAUGGAUGUCAAGAAAUUCGACAAGAUUAUCCAGUUGAAGUUUCUACUCCUUGUUCACCCAAUCCAUGUGGAGCAAACGCUCAAUGUCGAGAACAGAAUGGAAUAGGAGCUUGUUCAUGUCUCCCUCAAUACAUUGGAAAUCCAUAUGAUGGCUGUCGACCUGAAUGUGUCUUGAAUUCUGAUUGUUCUUCUCAUCUCGCUUGUAUGAACAACAAGUGUAGAGAUCCUUGUCCCGGCAUAUGUGCUCAAAAUGCUGUAUGUCAAGUUGUGAAUCAUCUACCGUCUUGUACUUGUAUUUCUGGAUAUGUUGGUGAUCCAUUCAGACAAUGCACUUUUAAACAAAAUGAACCUCUAAUACCAACAUAUGUCAACCCAUGUCAACCUUCACCUUGUGGUCCCAACUCCCAAUGUAAUGAAGUUAACAACCAAGCUGUUUGUAAAUGUCUUCCAAAUUAUGUUGGAAGCCCUCCCGGUUGUCGACCCGAAUGCGUUGUCAGUUCCGAGUGUUUCCAUAACAAGGCAUGUUCCAAUCAUAAAUGCGUUGAUCCAUGUCCAGGAACAUGUGGGCAAAAUGCAAAAUGUAAAGUUAAUAACCAUAGUCCUGUUUGUUAUUGUGAAAAUGGUUACACAGGAGAUCCAUUCUCAAGAUGUUAUCAACAACCACCCCCUGUCAUUCCACCACAACAAGAUAUCUAUCGAGAUCCAUGCAAUCCUUCUCCUUGUGGUCCUUUGUCUCAAUGCCGUGAUAUAAAUGGAACACCAUCCUGUUCAUGCUUACCUUCAUAUAUGGGAUCCCCCCCAAACUGUAGACCUGAAUGCUCCAUCAAUUCGGAAUGUCCAAGUAAUAAAGCUUGCAUAAACGAGAAAUGUCGCGAUCCCUGUCCAGGCUCUUGUGGAAUAAAUGCUCAAUGCAAUGUGAUAAAUCAUACUCCAGUUUGUACAUGUUCUGAAUAUGACACUGGCGAUCCGUUUACAAAUUGUUACCCAAAACCUCCACCACCAAAAGAACCUGUUUUUGAUGAUCCAUGUAAUCCAUCUCCUUGUGGAGCAAAUGCAAAUUGCAUUGAUGGAACUUGUACGUGUCUACCAGAAUAUCAAGGAGAUCCCUAUAGUGGCUGUCGUCCCGAAUGUGUUCUUAAUAAUGAAUGUAGUCGUGAUAAAGCCUGUAUAAAACGAAAAUGCAUAGAUCCAUGUCCUGGCACUUGUGGACAAAAUGCAAUAUGUGAUGUUAUGAACCAUAUUCCAAUAUGUUCAUGUCCACAAGGAAUGGCAGGAAAUGCAUUUACUCAAUGUUCUCCUUAUCAAUUACCUGUCGAGAGAAACCCUUGCCAACCAUCUCCAUGUGGUCCAAACUCUCAAUGUCGAGAAAUUAAUGGACAAGGUGUUUGUUCAUGUGUCCCUGGAUACAAAGGUUCUCCUCCUUCAUGCAGGCCUGAAUGUGUUACGAAUAGUGACUGUCCUCAAAAUGAAGCAUGCAGUAAUCAAAAAUGUCGAGAUCCAUGUCCUGGAACAUGUGGAAUUAAUGCCAAAUGUCAAGUCAGAAAUCAUAAUCCCAUAUGUAGUUGCCCUCCAAGAUAUUCAGGCGAUCCAUUUGUGAGAUGUCAAAUUGAAGUUAUUCAACAAACUCCACCCUCCGAUCCAUGUCAACCAUCUCCAUGUGGCCCCAAUUCCUUGUGUAGAGCUGUUGGAGAUCAAGCCUCUUGCAGUUGCCUUCCUGAAAUGAUUGGAAGUCCACCUCAAUGCAAACCUGAAUGCAUUAGUAAUUCUGAAUGCUCUAGUCAUUUGGCAUGUAUAAAUCAAAAGUGCAAAGAUCCAUGUCCAAAUACUUGUGGAUUAAAUGCUGAAUGUAGAGUAGUUAGUCAUACUGCUAUGUGUUAUUGUUUGGUUGGAUAUUCCGGUGAUCCCUUUAAUGGAUGUCAAGAACUUCGACAAGAUUAUCCAGUUGAAGUUUCUACUCCUUGUUCACCCAAUCCAUGUGGAGCAAACGCUCAAUGUCGAGAACAGAAUGGAAUAGGAGCUUGUUCAUGUCUCCCUCAAUACAUUGGAAAUCCAUAUGAUGGCUGUCGACCUGAAUGCGUCUUGAAUUCUGAUUGUUCUUCUCAUCUCGCUUGUAUGAACAACAAGUGUAGAGAUCCUUGUCCCGGCAUAUGUGCUCAAAAUGCUGUAUGUCAAGUUGUGAAUCAUCUACCGUCUUGUACUUGUAUUUCUGGAUAUGUUGGUGAUCCAUUCAGACAAUGCACUUUUAAACAAAACGAACGUAAGAAACCAAAUAUUCUUAAAAUCUCCAAUUAUUUAUUCAAUGAUCUAACAAAUAGAAUAAUAGUAGUUCUUCGUCAUACACUUACACAAUCGUUAGUACCAACAUAUGUCAACCCAUGUCAAACUUCACCUUGUGGUCCCAACUCCCAAUGCAAAGAACUUAAUAAUCAAGCUGUUUGUAAAUGUCUUCCAAAUUAUGUUGGAAGCCCUCCCGGUUGUCGACCCGAAUGCGUUGUCAGUUCCGAGUGUGAUCAUGAUAAAGCAUGUUCCAAUCAGAAAUGUGUUGAUCCAUGUCCAGGAACAUGUGGACAAAAUGCAAAAUGUAGAGUUAAUAACCAUAGUCCUGUUUGUUAUUGUGAAAGUGGUUACACAGGAGAUCCUUUCUCAAGAUGUUAUCAACAACCACCCCCUGUCAUUCCACCACAACAAGAUAUCUAUCGAGAUCCAUGCAAUCCUUCUCCUUGUGGUCCUUUGUCUCAAUGCCGUGAUAUAAAUGGAUCACCAUCCUGUUCAUGCUUACCUUCAUAUAUGGGAUCCCCUCCAAACUGUAGACCUGAAUGCUCCAUCAAUUCAGAAUGUCCAAGUAAUAAAGCUUGCAUAAACGAGAAAUGUCGCGAUCCCUGUCCAGGCUCUUGUGGAAUAAAUGCUCAAUGCAAUGUGAUAAAUCAUACUCCAGUUUGUACAUGUUCUGAAUAUGACACUGGCGAUCCGUUUACAAAUUGUUACCCAAAACCUCCACCACCAAAAGAACCUGUUUUUGAUGAUCCAUGUAAUCCAUCUCCUUGUGGAGCAAAUGCAAAUUGUCUUGAUGGAACUUGUACGUGUCUACCAGAAUAUCAAGGAGAUCCCUAUAGUGGCUGUCGUCCCGAAUGUGUUCUUAAUAAUGAAUGUAGUCGUGAUAAAGCCUGUAUAAAACGAAAAUGCAUAGAUCCAUGUCCUGGCACUUGUGGACAAAAUGCAAUAUGUGAUGUUAUGAACCAUAUUCCAAUAUGUUCAUGUCCACAAGGAAUGACAGGAAAUGCAUUUACUCAAUGUUCUCCUUAUCAAUUACCUGUCGAGAGAAACCCUUGUCAACCAUCUCCAUGUGGUCCAAACUCUCAAUGUCGAGAAAUUAAUGGACAAGGUGUUUGUUCAUGUGUCCCUGGAUACAAAGGUUCUCCUCCUUCAUGCAGGCCUGAAUGUGUUACGAAUAGUGACUGUCCUCAAAAUGAAGCAUGCAGUAAUCAAAAAUGUCGAGAUCCAUGUCCUGGAACAUGUGGAAUUAAUGCCAAAUGUCAAGUCAGAAAUCAUAAUCCCAUAUGUAGUUGCCCUCCAAGAUAUUCAGGCGAUCCAUUUGUGAGAUGUCAAAUUGAGGUUAUUCAACAAACUCCACCCUCCGAUCCAUGUCAACCAUCUCCAUGUGGCCCCAAUUCCUUGUGUAGAGCUGUUGGAGAUCAAGCCUCUUGCAGUUGCCUUCCUGAAAUGAUUGGAAGUCCACCUCAAUGCAAACCUGAAUGCAUUAGUAAUUCUGAAUGCUCUAGUCAUUUGGCAUGUAUAAAUCAAAAGUGCAAAGAUCCAUGUCCAAAUACUUGUGGAUUAAAUGCUGAAUGUAGAGUAGUUAGUCAUACUGCUAUGUGUUAUUGUUUGGUUGGAUAUUCCGGUGAUCCCUUUAAUGGAUGUCAAGAAAUUCGACAAGAUUAUCCAGUUGAAGUUUCUACUCCUUGUUCACCCAAUCCAUGUGGAGCAAACGCUCAAUGUCGAGAACAGAAUGGAAUAGGAGCUUGUUCAUGUCUCCCUCAAUACAUUGGAAAUCCAUAUGAUGGCUGUCGACCUGAAUGCGUCUUGAAUUCUGAUUGUUCUUCUCAUCUCGCUUGUAUGAACAACAAGUGUAGAGAUCCUUGUCCCGGCAUAUGUGCUCAAAAUGCUGUAUGUCAAGUUGUGAAUCAUCUACCGUCUUGUACUUGUAUUUCUGGAUAUGUUGGUGAUCCAUUCAGACAAUGUACUUUCAAACAAAACGAACCGAUUUUACCAACAUAUGUCAACCCAUGUCAACCUUCACCUUGUGGUCCCAACUCCCAAUGUAAUGAAGUUAACAACCAAGCUGUUUGUAAAUGUCUUCCAAAUUACGUUGGAAGCCCUCCCGGUUGUCGACCCGAAUGCGUUGUCAGUUCCGAGUGUUUCCAUAACAAGGCAUGUUCCAAUCAUAAAUGCGUUGAUCCAUGUCCAGGAACAUGUGGGCAAAAUGCAAAAUGUAAAGUUAAUAACCAUAGUCCUGUUUGUUAUUGUGAAAAUGGUUACACAGGAGAU